GGGGAGGCGAAGAUCAGAUUAUCUAAUAUUAUUGUUCUUCCACUAGCUUUCCCAUCGUCGACACCGACUCGACCGAUCAACCAACCAACAACCACAUUUGCUUUUUUUUUUUUUUUUGCUCGCCUUGUGUCUCGCCGUCUUCCUCCCUCUCUCCGUCUCGCUUCUCUCCUUCUUACUUCCUUCCCUCCUUCUUAACCUCAUCCCUCCUCAUCCUCUCCCUUUCCCUCCUCUCUCCUCCUCAAACCUCAGUCUUCCCGCGCUCCCAUCGCCGACCACAACCUCCGGGGGGGGGGGCGAACCACAGACCUUAGCUACUACCCCGACGUCCCCAGACUCCCCUUUCGCAGGCGACCACCGCGAAGAUGGACCACGGCGACGACAUGACGAUGACGAGCACGGGCGCGGCCGCCUCGGCGACCGGCGGCAUGGACAUGGGCACGGGCGCGGGCGGGAUGGAGCACGCGACGGCGUCGAUGACGAUGGUCUUCUUCCGCAGCGCCACCACGCCGCUGUACGCGGACGCGUGGACGCCGCGCGGCGAGGGCGACUACGCCGGCACGUGCGUGUUCCUCGUCGCGCUCGCGGUGCUGCACCGCGGGCUGAUAGCGGCGCGCUGCGCGCUGCCCGACGCGGCCCCGGCCCGCCGCGCCGCCGCCGCCGCCAAGGCCGACUCCGACGCCGACGACUACGCCCCCGCGCUCGAGUCCGCCGCCGCCCGCCUGCGCGCCCGCUGGCGCGCCCGCCCCUUCCGCGUCGCCGCCGAGGCCGCCCGCGCCCUCCUCGAGCUCCUCAUCGCCGGCGUCGGAUACCUCCUCAUGCUCGCCGUCAUGACCAUGAACGUCGGAUACUUCCUCUCCGUCCUCGGAGGUAUCUUCCUCGGCACUUUCCUCGUCGGGCGGUUCGGCUCCGGCGACGACCACCACUGAUGUCCCGGCCUUGAGGCGCGUCGAUUGUUGAGGAGUAGUAGGCUUCGGUUUACUUCGUUAUAGGGCUGGGCCUGGGUCGAUGGUUGUGUUUUUUGGUAUGCCUCGUUGCAGGGCGGGAGGGGGCAGUAUUGGUGAUGUUUGAAUGUUGGGAGGGGUUGCAUAUUAGGCUGAUAUCUCGGGUUUUUCCUGGGGGGAACUAUGGGGGUACUAUUGAGUUACGCUAUUUAUACCUAUAUUAAAUACCGUAUUUUGGAACCCUUAUCUUCUGAGUUAUAGUAUAAACGCGCUUUUGAAAUGUCUCUUCUUUAUUUUAUAAGUGUACCUAGAGGUUGUUUUUAACCUUAUUACAUCAGCUUCGUUUAUUUUUCAACCUUGGCUUUAUAACCACGUGUCAUCUCGCGUUUCCGUCAGACCUCUUUUGUGAAAAUAAUGUUCCUCCUCCCCGGGCCACCGUCAUCCCUUGCAUCUAACACGGCGAGCUGGCA